GAUCAAUGGGAAGAUAUGAAGAUGUCGGCUCGGUCAUGUGAUCAGCUGUGUCCAAUCACAGCUGAUCACUGAUCAUCAAGGCACUGGUGAUCAGUGUGCCCUGAUGAUCAGUGCAGCCCCAGCAGAAACACCUGUCAGUGUCCAUCAGUGCCAGAUGUCAGUGCUCAUCAAUGCCACCUGACAGUGCCCUUCAGUGCCACAUCAAUGCCACAUAUCAGUGCCUACCAGUGCACAUCAAUGCCACAUAUCAGUGCCCAUCUGUGCUGCCAAUCAGUGCCACAUAUCAGUGCCAGUCAGUGCCACCUAUCAGUGUCCGUCAGUGCUGCCUAACAGUGCCAGUCAGUGCCACCUAACAGUGCCAGUCAGUG